AUGAGCGACAUAUACGGCGCGGCACAGUUGACAAUCAUUGCAGCAGCAGGUGAAGACCCCUCGUACGGUUUACCAGGAGUGGGCAUACGUCCCACGCCGCAGAUAUAUCAUUUCGAGAACAUAAACCAGAUCUAUCUCGUAACCCAGCCUGAAAUCGGACCAUCAGCACCAUCGAUAGAAGCAUCUACAUCACGCUGGCACUCGCGCGCCUGGACGUUCCAAGAAUGCUUCUCCUCUAGAAGAAGACUGUUCUUCACAGAUACGGCAGUCUUCUUCAUAUGUAAACUCAACAAGUCCCUCGCAAAAGCAAGCGAAUUGGAGGAUCGUCUCAAAGCUUACACUUCCCGGCAACUCUCAUACGAUUCAGAUGCCCUCAACGCGAUCCUGAGUACCUUGGAGUCAUACGAAAGUUCUGAGAGCCCAGUUUACCACAUUCGGGCUAUACCAGUCUUUAAUGCAAUAUCGUCGCGCUUUAAAAACCAAGGUUGUUCAUUCUCUAUUGCGCUGAACUUUUACCACACUCUACCGUGUCGUCGUCGCCAUGAAUUCCCUAGCUGGUCCGUGCUAGGUUGGCAAGGUGAAGCGAAAUGGCUGUCUAACCCAUUAGAGCUUGAUUAUCGCAAAUUGUCGUUAUCCAAGAGUACCAAAAAUCCAGAUGAUAUGGAUCUGGUCUCCGUACUGAUAGAGAACUCUUCCACCACGGUCACGGAACAGCCGCGAUAUAUUCAGUGGAAGGGUCCUGUAAUAUCAGCAUCAGUGUUCAGAAUCACGACGCCAUUUUGGAGAAGACUUCAAAUGAACAAGGGCGUCGCAGCAAGUUGUUCGAUACAGCAAGAAGAGGAAUGUAUUGCACUGGCUUACAACGACACCCAAGAUCUCUUGCUUCUCACUUCCUGGUCCAAGGUACCCUUCAGCGGAGCCUCGCUCCUCUGUAUGAUUACAGAUGCAUAUAGAACGCAUUUAACAAUAUUUCCCAAUGCUGCAUUUCAUUGCCAAGAGGAAGCAGUAUUCGGCCACGAGCUGCUUAUACUAGAAGAGACGGACGGUAUUUACCAGCGCAUUGGGCAUUGUCGAUCCGAUCUUUCAGAUUCCUUUCUUCGGCACCGAGAGACAGGCUAA